AUGUCUAAAUGUCGAAAAGAUGGAGACUGGUUCUACACUGAAUCUAAACCACUUACGUUGAAAACUACAACCCACGAAAUGUUAGAAGCGGAGCAAAAAAAUUCUGCAAAGUCAAAAAUUAUUGGUCGUAAACAAUUAAAUUUCCAAUCGUAUCCUAUGAAUGAUUUCCGUUUUAAUUUGAUGCGUUUCAAUGAACCGCAAAUAUUACCACUGACCACAUCAUAUCGUCGGGAUUAUGCGCCACCCUUUCCAUCAUAUCCAUGCAAACCAAAAACCAAAGAUGAGUCAAAUAUACCAGAUCCAUUGUUUAAUCGUAAACCACCCAGUGAGUUCGGAAUGCGACAAACAUCUAAAUUUAAAUUUAUGGAUGAUCAAUUUGUAAAUUUGUCCGAGUCGCGUAAGAAAAUUAAUUUUAUGCGGCAAAUGAGGAAUGCUCAUUUUAAAUUGGUAUAG